GCCGGAGCGGUGGGUGAGAGCGAAAAGCUGCCGCGAGCCCGGUGGCUGCGCGGAGUGUUUGGAAUAAUUAUGAAAAUUAGCAUGUGUCUGCGCCAUCCUGUGGGUGUGGCGCCGAGCAGCGUGUAAACUCCAGCCGGGCUGGGGCGGCAAACAUUGGAUUACAGGCAGUGAAGCUGCCAGGCAGAAGAGCGCGGAGGGCACGGGCGACCAAGGCAGCAGCAUGGCUUCGUCGCAAGGGAAGAGUGAGCCGAAAUUCGCAGACUGGAUGGCAACUUUGCCAGAAAGCAUCCACCGCCUCCCUCUCACCAACCUAGCGAUCCCAGGAUCUCAUGACUCCUUUAGCUUCUACAUUGAUGAAGCAUCUCCAGUUGGACCUGAACAACCAGAAACUGUCCAGAAUUUUGUCUCUGUAUUUGGGACUGUGGCUAAAAAGUUGAUGAGAAAGUGGUUGGCAACACAGACGAUGAACUUUACUAGCCAGCUGGGUUCAGGUAUACGAUAUUUUGAUCUCAGAAUUUCCACUAAACCCAGAGACCCUGAUAAUGAACUUUACUUUGCUCAUGGUUUAUUCAGUGCCAAAGUCAAUGAGGGCCUUGAAGAGAUCAAUGCAUUUCUGACUGACCACCACAAAGAAGUGGUCUUCUUGGACUUCAAUCAUUUCUAUGGGAUGCAGAAAUAUCAUCAUGAGAACCUGGUCCAAAUGCUCAAAGGCAUCUUUGGGAAUAAAAUGUGCCCUGCUAUAUUUGCCCAAGAAGUAAGUCUCCAGUACCUGUGGGAGAAGGAUUACCAAGUGUUGGUAUUUUAUCACAGUCCAGUGGCUCUUGAGGUACCAUUUCUUUGGCCAGGGCAGAUGAUGCCAGCUCCUUGGGCAAAUACAACAGACCCAGAAAAACUGAUUCAGUUUCUUCAGGCAUCAAUCAUUGAGAGAAGAAAGAAAGGCUCCUUUUUUAUAUCUCAAGUGGUGCUGACCCCCAAAGCUAGUACUGUGGUUAAGGGUGUUGCUAGUGGACUCAGAGAAACAAUCACAGAAAGAGCUCUUCCUGCAAUGAUGCAGUGGGUCCGAACUCAGAAACCAGGAGAAAGUGGUAUCAAUAUUAUCACUGCUGAUUUUGUAGAACUUGGUGACUUUAUCAGCACUGUCAUAAAACUCAACUAUAUCCUGGAUGAAGGCGAAGCUGAUACUACUUGAUACUACUAGAAUCUAUUAGUUGUUCAUUGAGUAGAUUGAAAAAGAAAAACCAAUUGUAUUAGAAAAAUAUCUUGUAACAUAUAGAUCUUCCUAUAACACUGAAUCUCUGAGGUGUUUAGGGCUGUAGUGGGUGGGCAAAGGGAAAUGUUUUCAUUCAUUAUAAUACAUUUCUAUAUUAAUAAACCCUCAUGUUUUUCAUUUGAAGAGCAAAACAGGAUUUCUUUAGGUGUCAACUAGGGAAAGCCACUUGCAUAUUUUCCAAAAGCACCAAAUAUAAUUUCUGUGUCUUACUUCUAAGAUUAUUAAUAGUGCCAAGUAAUUUUCUGUAUGAAGACAGGAGGGACAUAUAAUGCCAUCUAUCUGCACAGAAAUUCCCACCGGCAUGAAUGUUUUGCUGCAGACUGAGGACAGUAUAUGACCCUGUGACCCUAAUGUUUUAAUUCAGUGCACUUCAUCUGUUAUAUGGCAUAACUGAUUGCAUUCAUUGGUGGUCAUCUAUUCAUUGCCCUUUGGGGAAUAAAAUGAUGAUGAAGUCAUGCCUGCCCUCUUGUAACAUUAGCAGACAGCAAAUAUUCAGAAUCCUAUUCUGUAGCUUGUGCAGAAUAUGGGUCAAAUCCUGAUCACCUUGCUUGCUUGGGGUAGGAUUGCCAAAGUGCUAUGCAAUUGCUGAAGUCAAAAAGUAUGCAGAGUUGGCCUAACUCUAAUCGCAUCUAAGCCAGUGGGAAUUUUACCAUGGUCUUCAAUAGGAGCAGAGUUAAAGCAAUGCUGAACACUUUUUAAAAUUCCUCCUUUGAGAAGUCCCAUUUAAGGGUCUGAUGCAAAGGCCCUUGAAAUCAAUGGGAGGCAUUCCAUUCAUCAAGUUUGGAAAAGACCCUAAAUCAUCAGAAUUACUUAUGUAAGUAGGAUGAUCAGGAUUUGGCCUCAUCUAUAGAAACAUGCUUUCUGCAGGAAUAAAUCUAUACAGAGGAAACAUUGACUUGUUUAAUGUGAAGGCGCAGUAUCAAUUUCUCUUUAAGGCAGCUAUAAACACAGAACAACAGUUUUCUGCUGAUGAUAAAGCUGGUGCCAAUUCAACAGUGAAAAAUUGCUCUACUAAAGGGUGGAACAGUUCAGUGAGUAGCAAAUAACAUUAAUCUAUGGUCCUUUCAUUCUUGUGCAGGUCUGCCAAUGGUGGGGACAAAGGAGGCAACUGCCCUAGGACCCCGGGCCCUUUAAACCACUGCUGGAGUACCACACGGUGUGCUCUGGGCAGCCUUUAGCUCUUAAUCUCCUUCCCAGUGGAGAAGAAGAACAGAACUUAGUGGCAAGGCUGUGGAUAAAAAAUUGCUUUAACCGUCAUCAGGGAGGGAAUUGAGUAACAUGUUCAGUUUGCUGAUGGUAUAGUCUAGGGCUACUUGGGGAGGCAGGGGCACUGUCCAGAGUGCUCCAGGCAGCGCUGGGGGGGGGAGGGGUGCCAUAUUCUGGACAAUGCUGAGCGCUUGGGGGAGGGGGCAGUGCUGAGGGCUGUCUGUCCCAGCUCCACCCCUUCUUCCUGAAGCCCUGCCCUUUCGGGGAGUGGAUCAGCCCCUCCUUUUCCAAAGGUCCCGGCGAGGCUGUCAGCUCUGCUGUUCAUGUGAAAUAACAGCAGACCCUCCAGUCUCUCUACUCUUAAUGAAAAAUAUACCACUCUACUAGGUGAAAAAGGUCAUGAAGUAUAAAACAAGUGAGAGCAGAUUCAUAGUAUGGUUUCAACAACUCACAACUGGAAAUUAAUAGAGUUAAUCAUAUAUAGUGAUGUGCAGGCAUGCAAGGGAGGGAAGCAGAAUAUUAAAUAAAUUGUCUACAACUCAUGUGGACUCCAAAGCAGAAUGAGGAGAAAUUACUCAUCAAGGCAUAAUAGUUUAAAUUUGAAAGGGUGAGGGUUAGGGUUACUUCCUUAAUAUCAAAGUCUCCUUAAUAUCAAUGGAAGUUGCUUGAGUAAAGAUGACGGUUGGUUUUAUUUGGCCCUUACUAAUUUCCCUUAAGUGAUAAAGCAUGACGACUAGAAACUGCAAAUGCAACAUUCUGAGGUUACACAAAUGAAAAUGGCAUCACCAGAAAGGGAUAUUUUUUCAUUAACAAAGUAGUGAAAUAAAAGGUAUACUCACUGCUAUUUUAUAUUUGAUGAAGUGCCAGUGUAUGUCUAUGUAUGUGUGCAGUAAAGGCAUAUAUAUAUGCUCUAUGUACACAACAAAGAGACAUGCGCCCACAGAACUGUGCCCUUGUUUUUAGCUGAUGGUUAAAGGAUGUAGAAAGUAAAAUUACAACUCCUUCUUCAUUAACAAUUUUUAUGUCAGGGCAAUGAGAAGCAAUUACACUGGAACUGCCAAACCAGACCAGUUUGAUUUCUUUACCAACCCAAAACUUGACCAAAACAUUUCCUGAGAUUCAAAUAAAUAAAUAAAUAAAUAAAAUACAAAUACUGUCUCUUCCCAGAGGAGACAGAGGAAGCUAUGGUUUUCUCAAAAAGCCAGACAAAGCUCAGUAGGUUCUGAUGAAUGUAGUUUUCACUUCCCAGAGUCUCUCGAAGCAAAAUUCAACAGAUGAGAGCUACAUGAGUUGAAAUGCAAAAGUAAGCUUUGCCGAAUCCAAGCAAACGGAAACUGCCACAUUUUGCACAGUUCUCAAGGCAGUGCCUUUCCUUUAAAACAGGGUGCCCAGUGAUAUAAAUUUACAACUUGUUUUAUUAUUUUUGGAGAUAUGGUUUAAGAAGUUAUUUUCAUAACUAUUUUAGUGAAUCAGAUCACUUUUUUUCAAUGUCUUCUGUCAUUUUUUCAGGUAUUUAAAUGUGACCAAAAUAUUUUAACUACAUAUAAAUAUUAUAUGUUAAAAUUUAAAAUCUAAGCAUUGCAAGCAUCUUUAGGGUGGGCAAAGAAAUAAGACUAAUUUGCUCUUUAUUUUGUGAUUGGGUUUCUAUUAUAACUAAAUGAGAGGCACAAGAUUGAUAUCCUCUUGGAAACCUUGAGUCAAGCACACACAAAAUGCCACAAAGGUUUUGUUUAUAUAAAUAUGUACUGAAAACAAGUGUUUUGAUGUAUUUAAGAAAAAAGUAUAUAUAAAUAUAACAUGGUGUAUCUUGAGCUUAUUGGCAUUGUUAACAUGUUUGCUUAGCAUCAGUUGUAUCCUAUUUGUUAUUUGGGUGCUGGAAAAAAAAGGCAAAGCAAAAAAGUCCUCUGCUGAGAUAGGUUAAUAAAGUAUGAUGUUUUUCCAUUAGGACGUUGGAGGGAAGGAAACUUUUAUAUUGUUAGUUAAAUGCACAAAAAAAGUUGUCAGAUAAAUGCCAUUUUUCUUCAGCUCUUAAUCUCCUUCCCAAUGGAGAAGAACAGAAUUUAGUGGCAAGGCUGUGGAUAAACAAAUUGCUUUAACUGUCGUCAAGGAGGGAAUUGAGUAACAUGUUCAAUUUGCUGACGGUAUAAUCUGUGAUAGACAAAAAUCUUAAUCCUACCAUCCCAGCAGGGAGAGUUUCCAUUGUUGUUCUUGUGGGAUGCUUGCAAAACAAACAAACAAACAAAAAACCAGAAAGGAAGAGUGCAAUAUUGGGGCAUGUCUACACUAGGAA